AUGGUCGGCUUCACCUCCUCCGCGCCCAAGGCCGUCGAUGCCGAGCUCAAGCCCCCGGCCUCGAUGGGCGGCGGCGCCAACAUGGCCGGAGUAGCCUCCGAAGCCGCCGCGGCGACCGAGGCCGAGCACAACAUGGGUCUUCUGCAGUCCAUCAAGCUGUACCCCAAGGCCGUCGCGUGGUCCAUCUUCUUCAGCACCUGCGUUGUCAUGGAGGGCUUCGACAAGACCCUGCUCAACAACCUCUACGCCUAUCCCGUCUUCCAGAAGAAGUUCGGCGAGCUCCAGCCCGACGGCACGUACCAGCUCACCUCGGCCUGGCAGUCCGGCCUCAGCAACGGCGCGCUGGUCGGCGAGAUCUCGGGCCUGUUCAUUAACGGUAUCAUUGCUGAGCGGUUCGGCUACCGCAAGACCAUGAUUGGUGGUCUGCUCGGCGUAACGGCGUUCGUCUUCAUCAUCUUCUUCGCGCAGUCGCUGCCUCAGCUUCUGGUGGGAGAGAUUCUUAUUGGUGUGCCGUGGGGUAUUUUCCAGACUAUCACCGUCACUUAUGCUUCUGAAGUUUGCCCCACUCAUCUGCGAGCUUACUUGACUACCUACGUGAACCUCUGCUGGGUCAUGGGCCAGCUGAUCGCCAGUGGUGUUCUUCGUGCCAUGGUCGAGCGAACCGACGAAUGGGGCUACCGCAUCCCUUUUGCGCUGCAAUGGAUGUGGCCCAUUCCACUCAUUACCGGCAUCUUCUUCGCUCCCGAGUCGCCCUGGUGGCUCGUCCGCAAAGAGCGCCUCGAGGAUGCCAAAGCAGCUCUCCUUCGCCUCACCUCCCGCAACUCGCAGCAAGACUUCAACCCCGACGAGACCAUCUCCAUGAUGGUGCACACCAACGAGAUGGAAAAGGCAGUUCAGGCCGGCACCACCUACGCUGACUGCUUCAAGGGCGUCGACCUCCGCCGUACCGAAAUCGUCUGCGGUACCUGGACCGUCCAGACGCUGUGCGGCGCCACGUUCAUGGGCUUCUCCACCUACUUCUUCCAGCAAGCCGGCAUGGCCGUCGAGAACUCCUUCAGCAUGUCCCUGGGCCAGUACGCCAUCGGCGCCGUCGGCACGAUCCUCUCGUGGGUCCUGAUGAAGCACUUCGGCCGUCGCACACUCUACCUCGGCGGCCAGCUCGCCAUGACCGUCAUCCUCGCGACCAUCGGCUUCGCCUCGCUCGCAGGGCGCUCCAACAUCGGCGCACAGUGGGCCAUCGGCAGCCUGCUGCUCGUGUACACCUUCUUCUACGACUGCACCGUUGGCCCCGUCUGUUACUCCCUGGUCGCAGAGCUGAGCUCCACGCGUCUCAAGACCAAGACGGUCGUUCUCGCGCGCAACCUCUACAACGUCACGGGCAUCAUCACCAACAUCCUCACGCCCAACAUGCUGAACCCCUCGGCGUGGAACUGGGGCGCCAAAAGCGGCUUCUUCUGGGCCGCCAGCUGCUUCCUGUGCUUCGUAUGGUCGUACUUCCGCCUGCCCGAGCCGCGUGGCAGGACGUACGCCGAGCUGGAUAUCCUGUUUGAGCAGCGCGUGUCGGCGAGGAAGUUCAGCAAGACGCAGGUCAGCACGCUGCGAGGUCACGAAAGCGAUGGGAUUUCUGAGAAGGAGGCGGGCGUCACGGAGCUUGAGAAGAGGCCCUCUUCAUGA